CUCAGUCUCACAGAAACAACAACCUAAUAAAAAAGCCUACUCCAUUGAUCUCUCUCUCUCUCUCUCUUCUUUCUCUUCCUAAAACAAAGGCGUUAUAUUAUACAGAGAAGAAGACGAUCGAGAGAGAGAGAUGUCGGACGACGACGAGAGAGGUGAAGAGUACCUCUUCAAGAUUGUUAUCAUCGGUGAUUCCGCCGUCGGCAAAUCCAAUCUCCUCACCCGCUACGCCCGUAACGAGUUCAAUCCCAAUUCCAAAGCCACCAUCGGCGUCGAGUUCCAGACUCAGAGCAUGGUCAUCGACGGCAAAGAGGUCAAAGCUCAGAUUUGGGAUACCGCCGGCCAGGAACGCUUCCGUGCUGUUACAUCUGCUUAUUACCGUGGCGCAGUCGGUGCUCUCGUCGUCUAUGACAUCACUCGCAGCUCCACUUUCGAAAACGUCGGUCGCUGGCUCGAUGAGCUCAACACUCAUUCCGAUACAACAGUAGCAAAAAUGCUUAUUGGAAACAAGUGUGAUCUCGAGAGCAUAAGAGCGGUGAGCGUUGAGGAAGGCAAAAGCCUUGCGGAGUCAGAAGGUUUGUUUUUCAUGGAGACAUCUGCGUUGGACUCAACCAAUGUGAAGACGGCUUUGGAGAUGGUUAUUCGCGAGAUCUAUAGCAACAUGAGUCGAAAGCAACUGAACUCUGAUUCUUACAAAGAGGAACUAUCAGCGAAUCGUGUUAGCUUGGUCAAGAACGAUAACGAAGGAACAAAGACUUUCUCUUGCUGUUCGAGGUAACAACAUCUUUGUAUGGUUUUCGGGUUGAAUCGUGUUCUCCCUUUAACUUAUAUAGAAAAAGACAAAGAGACAUUAUUUUAGCUCUCAGUUUGAAUGAAGUUAAAAGAAGAAGAACGAAAAAAGGAUUUUUGAGUUUCUUUGUUACAGAUACAGAAGAAAUUGGAUAAGAAGUGUAUAAGUUAUUUAUGUACUACUCUCAUUUCUACUUCCUACUUUGUAACUUUUGUAAACUUACAGAGUUGUUAUAUCAAUUUUUAUAUUUUCCAGUUGCUCUUUACAGAGUGUUA